AUCACAUUGUCAAAUUUGCCGGGAUAAAUACAAAGUCAAACAUAUUAACAAGCCCAUGAAUUUUUAAUAUAUAAUAAUUUAUAUGCAUAAAUAUAAACGUUAUGAGAAAGUGACACAUUAUUUAAUAUAUUAAUUAAUUUAUCGUAUCUUUUUCAUCGUUAUGGCAAAGCGUUUCCAGCCAUUCAAAGAGUUUGGACGUAGCACAAAGAAGCCCAAAUUGGAUGUAAGCAUCAACAAAGGACGACCUUUAGGUCCCAGUCAGUCCUGGCCAAAUCACAUACGUUCAAAUGCUGCUGAGGUGAUACAUGUACAAAGUCCUGCUCGAAAUAAUGUGAACAACAAUAAUUUAUGGGACGAUGACGACGAUGAUGUUAUUCUAUUGGCAACACAAGUAGCCGAAUCUCAAGUGGCUAUUAAAACAACAGAAACGAAUAUUACUGACAGUGAUAUUACAUUCAGUGAAUUUGCGCCACAUAUUCAUGCCACAACCAGUACACAACAACUUACAACAGUAAAUGUUGCACUCAAAGGAACGAUUAGUGCGCCACCCACGAUAGAAAACAACAAUUUUUCCGAAUUGUUUGCGGAUGAUGAUGAUUUUGCCGAACUUUUGGAUGUAGCUGGGAAUGACAAAAAGGAACAAGUACAACAAGAAAAACCCCGAGCACAAUUUAACGCGACAGACAAUGUAUUUAAAAAACCAAUGGCGAUAGCAAGUGGCACAAAUGGCAUAAAUAAUAGAAUUCCAGUGGCUUUAAAUACAGCUCAAACAUCAGAUGGCCAACAAGCGGCAGCCAGACGUCAAGUUGCAACAGAACGGCAAGUAAAAUUGUUGAUGGAACGUUUGGAUACGCUAAAAGCAGAAAAUUCAAAACUUACAAAAGAUCUCAGUGAAUCAAAAGCCAAAAUCGAGAGCAAGGAUGGUGAGUCUUCAUUAUUACGGGAUGAGUUGCGUCAUGUGAAACAACAAAUGCAAACAUUGAAAAUGGAAAAAAUUAUGAGCACAGAAGCGGCUAAAACGGAGUGCAAAACAAAAAUUGCCGAAUUGACAAAACGCGUGGAGGCAAAGGAAUCCGAGUUAAAGUUGCGCAAAGUAGAAUACUCGGUGCUAAAGAUGCGACACGCCGAUGAGACGCAACGUUUAGAAAUGAGUAUACGCAAUGCCAACGUUGUAGGCGAUGCACCAAUGGAUGAAGAUGUGGAGCAAACGUUAAAUACACAAAAUACGCGUUUGCUUUAUCGGCUACGUGGUUUUUCAUUACCCACAGGAUUGGGCGAUGUAAACAACACGCGUUUGACGGAAUUGAGUGCAAAUGCCUACGAACGCACACAUGAGCGUGUGACAGGAAAGCGACAGCAUACACCGUUUCAAUUGGAAUUGGCCAAUGCACAAACAUUAUUGGCGCAAUUGCAACUGCAAUCGCAGAAAUGGUCAUGGACAUCGACGGAAGCAGCUGAUUUCAAUGAACGUGCGCUCACCUCCGCCAGCAAUGCGUUGUCCGAAUUUUGGACAUAUGUGCAUGGAUUGGAGUUUCCUAAGUACUGCAAUGUACAUCCCUAUCAUGAAUAUGAUCUGCGUAAUGAUGACUACACCAGCCCCACGCGCAAGUUACAUGCAGAACAACAAUUAUAUGCGGAUGAGCGUGCGGUUAGUCUGCGUCGUUAUAUUGCCGCUUUAAGCGUAAUGUGUGGGCGUGCGCCAAAUUUUGCACAACAGCUACUGAAUGAACAACAUGGGGACUACGCAUUGCUGCAGGUCGCAUGCCAUGCCAUCUCAAAGCUAGGCUACUCACGUGAGAUUUGUGCGCACUUCGGCGUACUCGAAGCAUUUGCUGUGCUCUUGCGUGUGUUAUUACCACAGUUGCGCACCGGUGACACCUCGCAUAUUGAAUUGCUAGUCGGUGGUGUGCUAAAACAGCUUAUAUUUGUGCGACCGAGUGCGUGGAUAUUUCGUGAGUUAUCUUAUUGUGUGCUGGAGUUGACGCGUCUACCAGCGGCUUUGGAACGAAUUUGUGUAAACAGCGAUGAGAGCACAUUCUACAGCGAUCGCAUGCGUUCGCUAUAUCGUUUCUCGAACGAUUCAUGUAUACUGCAGGUAUAUGCGGGUUUGUUGGAGAUUGCCUUCCCACUGAAUGAUCUAUUGAGUGCGUCACAUAUGCAGCUACUGACGGUCAUUUGUGAAAAUCAUAUACGGUUUGCGCACUUUUGCUUUAUGAAUCCACCGGAUUUCAUACACAAAUUACUGCCCUCCUAUGACGACGACGACGAGGACGAUGACGAUGACGAGGUAAACGAUGAGACAGAGCAGCAAAGAGUACAAAGUGGUAACAGUGCUACAACCAAGAAUAUUGCCAGUGAAGUUUCGGUAAAUAAUAGUGCAUUGGGCGCGUCAACUAAUUCAACAUCCAAUAUGGAGAGUAGAUGUGCACCAAUGUCCAAGAAACCAAACAGUAGUAAUACUGCGGCUCGUUGUGAGUGCUACACAAAGCUGUGUUUAAGCGUUGUAACGCUGCUAUUUCAAUUAUUACGUCAGUGGCAGUGCACAGGCCGCAAAAUCGAAACACCGCGUGUGGCCGAGAUUUCGCAGUUAUCCGUACAACUCCUACACACAAUUUUUUGUGAUAACUAUUCGACGCAUCUCUUUCGUUAUGCCGAAGAGACUACGAAACAUUACCUGUGGCUGAUCUGUGAAUGGUGGUCCGAAAAUGCUGAACGCUUUAAAUUCAACAGUGUACAAAUUAAUUUCCUUAAGAAGUUGCGUGCCUUCCACAUUAUGCCCAAGCAGUUGAGUGAGGAGGGUAAUCCUGCCAAUGUCCUAAACGAUCUAAAUGAAUGGCAUACGCUAACCAAUGAUAGUAGAAUAAGAAAUGCUGACACUUCCGUGAAUCUCGCCCAAGCUGUGGAGAAAUUGAAUAUUAUGCGAUUUGCUGGCGAUGAGGCAAAAUUCUUCGAAGGUCUUAAGGGCUACGCCUUCAAUUUUGAGUGAUUAAUCCAUUGUAACCGUGUUGUAAAAUAAUUAUUAUUUGCUCUAAGUAUGGAAUGAAGUGGUAUACGCACUAAAUUUUCUUAGUGCGUGAUGUUAAAGCUAAAAUUAUUUAUUUCUUGUUACACAAUUUACAUAUUCAUUCCUUUGUAACUAUUGUCGAUUUUAUUUUUAAUAUUGUGUUGUGAGAAAAACAAUAAACGUGUGAAUACAAAAAAAUACUCAUAUUUUAUUCCUAGUUGUUUAUUUUAAUUAUAUUUCAAUGGAAAAACAAUAAAUUUGUAGUUAAAACUCACUAGGUUGCUUGUUACUCAAAAGUAACCAUUUUGUUAGUAACGAAUUUUUUCACAAAUUGCGUCGACGUUCGCCGCUGUGUAAUAAUUUGCCCAAAGUACUAGGCGCCCAUAAACGCCCAGCAACAACACACAUUUUUUACAUUUUCUUUUCGUCCUUGUUUCAUCUUUCUGUUCGUAUAAUACUGUUUAUCUC